AAAUGAAAAUUAAUUUAAAUUUCCAGCUGACUUUAUGAAAUCUGAAGUCGAAAAACCGAAGCAACAGAGAAAUGAUUGAUAAAAGGCAUAUAGUUAACGGAGAAGAAAGGGAUUAAUCACAGCACGAUUCCAUGGCCGGCCAAUUCCCGCCGGCGGCCGAACUCACCAGCAGUCGGCGGCCGGUGCUCCUGCCCGGCGAAAUUGAAUGCUCAAUCCUCUCCUCCGUUGACAUCGAGUGCGAUGAAAUUCAGACCUUCCCUCACCUCAAGUCCGGCAUUAUCAUCCUCACUACUCAUCGUCUUGUCUGGAUUUCCGACUCCACCAAUUCCUCCAACUCUGCCGUAGCCGUGCCUCUCGCCACCGUCACCCAUAUUUUUUCGCCCAAGAAGAGCAUCAAGGCCAUAUUCGCCUCGCCCAGGGUCCGUUUCCAGGUAUCGUUUUCCUCUGAGGGUGGGGUUUCCGGCACCGUUUCGAGAUCGGCUGUGAUCACGGUUGUAAUUAGGGGAAAGGGGGAUCAUGACGCCUUUGUGAGCAAGUUUUUGGAGAAUUGGCGAGCCAGGGCGUGGGAGAACGAAAAUAAUAAAGUUUCCAGUAGUGGUUCUGCGUCGGGGUCGAGCUCUACCGGUUCGAGUGGAUUCUAUACGAGUGAAGGAACGGUGAGGAUGGUUGGGGUGGCCGGAAUUUUGAGGAAGGAGCAAGAGUUGUGGGAGAAUACUGAUAAGAGUUUGCAAGAAGCUUUCCAGGAUCUAAAUGCUUUAAUGAGUAAAGCCAAAGAUAUGGUAAUGCUAGCAGAGAAGAUGAGACAAAAACUUAUAUCCAGUACAAAUUCUCAGAGUGGUGCUAUAAACGACGACGAAGUAGCUUCCAAAGAAGAAAUACAAGAUUGGUUGUUGAGCGUUGGUAUCAUAUCCCCUGUGACGAAAGAGUCUGCUGGUGCUCUUUAUCACCAACAGUUGUCUCGUCAGUUGGCGGAUUUUGUUCGAACUCCACUUGAUAAAGCUGGGGGAAUGAUCAGUCUUAUAGAUAUAUACUGUCUCUUCAAUCGUGCUCGAGGGACAGAAUUGAUCUCACCAGAUGAUUUGUUGCAAGCAUGUUCUCUUUGGGAGAAGAUUGAUGUUCCAGUAAUGCUCCGAAAAUUUGACAGUGGAGUCAUGGUAAUCCAGAGUAAAUCCUAUAGUGAUGAUGAGGUUCUUGCUAGAAUCAAGACUCUCGUGACAAAGCCUGAUGCUCUCCAAUUUGGUAUUAGCGCUAGUGAUGCUGCAAGGACUCUUGGGAUUGCUCCAGCUAUGGCCAAGGAGCAUCUUUUAACAGCAGAGAGCAAAGGUUUGCUGUGCAGAGAUGUCAGCUCCGAGGGUUUCCGAUUUUAUAUUAACCUAUUUCCUGAGAUCAACUCAGAAGAUUUAUAUUUGGUUACAGAUUAUGCAAUUUAUGCGACAUGGAUCAAGGCAGCCAUUGGUAAUAGGCCGAGAUAGGAAACACAAGAUGACGAAUUACACCAUGUGAGAUUUAGAUUGACUUCCAAUUCAGUGAAGGAUUUCCUACAUACACCUACACGUCUUCAAAGCUGCUGCUUCUGUAUUAUUCAGUUAGCAAAUGCUUGAAAAGGGAAGGGAUCGUGUGAUUAUUUCUUUAUCUGCUUGUGAAAAACAGGUGGUGGCAUUCGGGAAUUCAAGGCAUUGUUCAAUUUGAAUUACUUUUUCCUUCGUAAUACUGGUUUAGAGAAGUAUUAGAAUCACAUUGAUCAUUUGGAGAAGUUCUUAGUGCUCAGUACUCACCUUGAAAUAUUGUUCUAUGGGGAAAAAAAAGAGAUUCCUGUAUGUUCAUUAGCUGCCCAUGCUCUGUACAAAACAUUUUGUCCUUGUUAUUGGUAGGUUACGUUCAAUAUACAGAAUUAAUCUCCUACAUUGUCUUCUACAAA